AUGAACUACGAUCUUUCAAUAGAGGUCUUUGGACCCGGCACAAAUCCCAACUUUCGAUCCCACUGGGGAUUCAUGAUCAACAAGCCUGGGAACCUAGCAUUUGGCGAUCUCCUACAAGUCGAGGUCAUCGACGCCAACAAGCUAUGGUACGGAUUCGCCCCGCGAUAUGCAACCAAGAUCAUCGACAAAGCCGCGGUGGGAAUGUGCAAGAUUGCAAGCCUAACGUCUGAGCAACGACGCGAGGCCAUCACCAUCAUCGAGAAGGAGCCUGCUCCGAGAAAUGCGAUAGGAAGGUGUCAGGACUGGAUUUUCGAUGCCCUCAUCUCCUUGGAGAUUGAAGAGCUGGUACCACCGGGCACUUCGGAGUUUUGGAAGGGGAUGAUUGGCAGGCCUGCGUGUGAGGUUGCUGAAGCGUGUGGCCCUGACUGGGUGGCUUUUUGA